CAGCUCUGGAUGCAGAUAAACGUCAUACCCAGGACGAAGGUUAAAGGCCUUGCUGAAGGUCCCAACGGUGUAUAGUAAUUUCUGGCGUUUACGGCAUUCGAACCGGCAGAUCCCUAGCCUGAGUCACCACUUCGCCCUGUUGUGCUAUAAGCAGCUCAAAACUACAAAGUUAAAUUCCUACAUAGUGAAUACUCGCCUGGAAGUGGCAGGUCUAAAAAGAAAUCAUGACGCAAAAGUGUGCCUGAAGGCACAAUCCACCUUCAGGCUGUGGGGACAUGAUGGAGAAGGACAUGCAGGCCACAGGUGGCAUAUCUCUGUCUGCUGGGAGUGCUAUGCCACAAAGUCGUUCUGAAGAUGAGGACUUGACAGGGGCAAAAGAUCUAAAACGUACUGCAGCUCAAGCAUUUAGUGUAGGAGUGCCUAAAAGGAGGAGCUCUUCUAGGUCAAUAAAACGUAAAAAGUUUGAUGAUGAGUUGGUGGAGAGCAGUCUGGCAAAGUCUUCAUCCCGUGCUAAGGGUCCUCCGGUAGCAGAACCAGCACGCUAUUCAGGCAGUGAAGUUUCAUCCAGCGAGAAGAAGAAGGUGCAGAGCUUUGGGAUUCUAAUUGGGCAACAGCAGAUAUCUAAAGCAAGCAGCACACCUACACCCCCUCUGGCCACUGUUAGCAUUCCUCCUAGUUUGACCAAACGGGUAAAAAAAAGUAAACAGCCGCUACAGGUCACCAAAGACCUGGGAAGGUGGAAGCCCACAGAUGAUCUUUUGCUUAUCAAUGCUGUACUACAGACCACUGAUUUAGUGGCUGUUCAUCUCGGAGUAAAGUUCAGCUGCCGCUUCACUCUGCGUGAGAUACAGGAGCGCUGGUAUGCCUUGCUAUAUGACACAGUUAUUUCCAAGCUGGCAUGGCAAGCAAUGAGGCAGCUUCACCCAGAGGCUAUUGCUGCCAUUCAGAGUAAGGCACUAUUCAGCAGAGCAGAGGAGGCACUUCUUGCCAAAAUUGGAUCAACAAGCCAGCCGAAGAUUGAUGUUUUUCAAGAGCUGCUGAACAAGCACCCUGGUGUUUUUUACCCUUCACGAACGGCAAAGAGCCUACAAAUACACUGGCAACUGCUAAAGCAGUACUACCUCUUGGACGACCAGACAGUCCAGCCAUUACCCAAAGGAGACCAAGUUCUUAACUUUUCUGAUGCUGAACAGCUGGUCGAUGAUAACAAGCUGAAGGACACUAGAGAUGAAGUCCUCGAGCAUGAGCUCAUGAUUGCCGAUCGUCACCAGAAGAGAGAGAUUCGUCAACUUGAGCAGGAGUUGCCACGUUGGCAGGUCUUGGUGGACAGCAUUACAGGGAUGAAUUCUCCAGAUUUUGACAACCAAACACUUGCUGCUCUGCGAGGGAGGAUGGUUCGCUAUUUGAUGCGAUCUCGAGAGAUUACAUUGGGCCGUGCCACCAAGGACAGACAGAUUGAUGUUGACCUGUCAUUAGAAGGGCCAGCCUGGAAGAUCUCACGAAGACAAGGAAUCAUUAAACUGAAAAACAAUGGUGAUUUUUUCAUUGCCAAUGAAGGACGAAGACCCAUCUAUGUUGAUGGCCGACCAGUGCUAACUGGAAACAAAUGGAAGCUCAACAAUAACUCUGUGGUGGAGAUUGCAGGACUUCGCUUUGUUUUUUUGAUCAAUCAAGACCUCAUCUCCCUCAUCAAAGCUGAGGCAGCAAAGAUUACCCAGCAGUGACGAACAGAAGAUUCAAGGCUCGUUACUUUCUUUUUUUUUUUUUUCCUCUCCUGUGUGUGUCCAUCUGCACACCGCCAUGUAGCAACAGGAAAAGAUACA